AGUUUCAACAACUUGGACCGGUUGAUGAGUUGGGCCCGCUUUAUUUCACCGGACCGACAGGUCGUUUUGCAGUCGCCCCCCUCUCCCCUUUAUUUCCUGUUCCAUUUAUAAAGCUUUUGAGGAGACGAGGCUGUAUUCCCGUACCAACCUAUCAAUUUUCCCGUCCUCUGAAAUCCUCUUCCGGUCACCAAUGGCUGCUUAUCACUUCAAAGCGGUUUUCUCAUGUUUAUUCUUGUUGAUUUCUUUUAAUCUUGUCUCGUCUGCAUCCAAUGAUGGCUUGCUUAGAGUUGGACUGAAGAAGAUUAAGUUAGACCCGGACAGCCAGCUAGCUGCACGGCUUGAGUCUAGGGAUGCAGAGAUUUUGAAAGCUGCUUUCAGGAAGUAUAACCCCAAUGGAAAUCUUGGAGAAUCUUCUGAUACGGAUAUUGUUACCUUAAAGAACUACCUGGAUGCUCAAUACUAUGGUGAGAUUGCCAUUGGUACUCCCCCUCAAAAGUUCACUGUAAUUUUCGACACGGGCAGCUCCAAUCUAUGGGUUCCUUCUGCAAAGUGCUUGUUCUCUGUGGCUUGUCGUUUCCAUGCCAGAUAUAAGUCAAGCCGCUCAAGUUCGUACGAGAAAAAUGGGACAUCAGCUUCUAUUCGGUACGGGACUGGAGCGAUCUCUGGUUUUUUUAGUUAUGACAAUGUCAAAGUUGGAGACCUAGUUGUAAAUCAUCAGGUGUUCAUCGAGGCAACCAGAGAGCCUAGUCUUACAUUCCUGGUGGCCAAGUUUGAUGGGUUGUUGGGACUUGGUUUUCAAGAGAUUUCAGUUGGGAAUGCAGUCCCAGUAUGGUAUAACAUGCUUGAACAAAAUCUUGUGAAGGAACCAGUCUUUUCAUUUUGGCUCAAUCGCAACGUUGAGGAGGAAGAAGGAGGUGAAAUUGUGUUUGGUGGGGUUGACCCAAAGCAUUUCAAGGGCAAACAUACUUAUGUUCCUGUCACGCAGAAAGGUUAUUGGCAGUUCAACAUGGGCGAUGUUCUCAUAGAUGGGGAACCAACUGGAUAUUGCAGUGGCGGUUGUGCAGCAAUUGCAGAUUCUGGAACUUCACUGUUGGCUGGUCCAACUCCUAUUAUAACCAUGAUCAAUCACGCCAUUGGAGCUAAAGGAGUCAUCAGCCAGGAAUGCAAGACAGUUGUUGCACAGUAUGGGCAAACCAUUAUGAAUUUGCUUUUAACGGAGACAAAUCCAAGGAAGAUCUGUUCUCAAAUUAAUUUGUGUACUUUCGAUGGAACUCGAGGAGUUAGUAUGGGAAUUGAGAGUGUGGUGGAUGAGAAUGCCGGAAAAUCAUCUGGCGGUCUACGAGAUGCCAUGUGCUCUGCAUGUGAGAUGACGGUUGUCUGGAUGCAAAAUCAACUUCGUCGGAACCAAACCCAAGAACGCAUAAUGGACUAUGUCAAUGAGCUAUGUGAUCGUAUUCCUAGUCCAAUGGGUCAGUCAGCUGUCGACUGUGGAAAUCUUUCUUCCAUGCCUCGUGUUUCCUUCACCAUUGGUGGCCAAGUUUUUGACCUUGCCCCGGAAGAGUAUAUACUCAAGGUGGGGGAGGGCCGUGUAACUCAGUGCAUCAGCGGAUUUUCUGCGUUCGAUAUUCCUCCUCCUCGUGGACCCCUGUGGAUCCUGGGAGACGUCUUCAUGGGCCGCUACCACACCGUCUUUGAUUUUGGCAAUAUGAGAGUCGGCUUCGCUGAGGCAGCAUGAUGGAAAACAAAAAACUCAUACUUCGGUGGCUUUGUUUAGUUACCUUUUAAUGUUUAUACGGACGAGCAUCUUUAUUUUCAAUCCAUCCUAACUUCGUAAACUUGUUUAUGUCUGGAUUUAUGGAAUGUUAGAAGAAGCGCCGAAAAUGGGAUGAACAACCCAUGCUUGUAAAUCCUUGCUACUCUUUUAUCUUUUAUAGAUACAGCUUGUACAGUUGCUUGAG